AGGCUGCCGAGUCGGGGAUAGUCAAGAUCAAGACCAUCGCCGCGAGGAAUACAGACAUCUUGGCAAGUGAGUGAUUGAGGGAAGGGACACUCUUAUGACUUGUGUGUUUGUGAGAUGUUUUGGCUGAACCAAUAUCCAAUCACAUACAGAUCAGUGAUUAGACCUCAUUAAAACAAGCAAAGGAAAGGAGGAUGCAUUAUAACAGAGUAGUCCUAGAUGUGUUUGUUUUAGAACAGCUGUCUGAUUGAUGUAUUAACUGCAUGCCCAUGUAUCGUCUCCUCCUUAGCUUUGAAGGAGAACAGCUCGGAGGUGGUGCAGCCGUUCCUGAUGGGCUGUGGCACCAAGGAGCCCAAGAUCACCCAGCUGUGUCUGGCUGCUAUCCAGAGACUCAUGUCCCACGAGGUGGUGUCUGAGGUGAGGAACACAGGACCACUAAGGGUCAAAUCCUAGCUUCCCAAUUUUCACUUAGCCAUGCAUUGAUGUCAGUGGGAGACUAAGUGGAUGUUUUAGAUUCACCAUUAACUCUUUAUAAUCACUUUGAUUAAUAAUCCAUUACCAAUGCAUAUAAUGCAUGUACUGUGUUGAUUUAGAAGGCUGAUAUAAUUAUUUAGGAGGGAAAUGGUCCUAGCUUAUAUCAACCCUGCUGUGGGGCUAGUACAAAACAACCUGUACCAAAAGUCUACACAAUUGUUAGUCGUGGUGUAGAUCAAGGCCCUUUAAACGCUAUACCUCAACAUGGAACCCAGGCUAUUCUGACUGACCCUCCCCGACCGUGGCCAUGGCCUUGAUCUGCCUGGUGUUAGCAGGGACACCUUGACUGACCACUGACCAGCUAGCCAGCCAGGCCUAGUGUGUGAAUAACAACACCCUGGCUAACUGGCUCCCUGCCUGCCUGACUGUGUACACCCUGCCUAGCUGGUUGGCUGGUUGUGUUUACGUGCUAUCAGCAGACUUCCUGCUUGUAGCCUUUCAACAGAGGCUUUCUGCCACGCUCCAGCGCCUCCCCUCUAUCUCUGUCUGUCUGUGUGUCUGUAAGCCCAGGGCUUAACUACUGGGACAGGGAUGGGGAAUAGGAACGAAGCUACUACGAUAUUGAUUAAAUGUGAUGUUUUAUGUGAGAGUGUCGGUUUUGCCUUCUGAAGGACAGGUUUUUUUCUUCAAAUGACUCAACUUCCCCCAGUUUCACUGAUUUAUACAAGUUCUGGUGAGUUGUUCUGACCUCAGGAAGUGACACAAGGACAAUGGCGCAAUCCCAAUACCCCCCACUUUAGCCCUCCCCCUCAUUUUCGAGUGUCCUUCGGUGGGGGAGUGGCACUCAAACGGAGCAACUAGUGGUAGGGAGAGAUGAAUAACCCUAGGGAAUGGGACAUCACUCACAUACAUCAGAAGCUGCCAAAGGAUAGCCUACCACGCAAUUCAUUGACGUCGAGCCUUGUGUUUUUCACAAUGCCUGUACUGGCGGCAGUAAUAGCUUUCCUUAUAUUUCUCAUGCAACAAAUAUGUACAGUACUUACCAUAUGAGCAACAAAGGAUAACAGCAAAACAACAAUGUGCCCAUAAUGUACCCAUCCUCUGGCUGUGGGUCAAUGUGGAGUACUACUGAAGUCAGGACUUUCAUUCCAUAAUAGCAGUUUGACAUGUAACAGUCACAUUUUCUUAAUUUCUUCAAUUUUGGGGGGAUUAAUGAUUAACCUGUGGAAGCAUUGUUGAAAAAUUUAAACCACUGUUCUGAACUAAUAUUUAAUUAGAGGGGGGGAUUUCUAGCUGCACAACAUUUUAAACAACGAUCUCAUGGAACUAUAUUUAGUCCUUCAAAUACUUGUAUUAAUUUUAACACAGAAAUUGAUAAUAACCCUACAGUUUUCUUAAUCUGAGCCAAUCUAGCCCAUGCUGUUGAAUGCACUUUCUGGCCAUGGGCAUGGUUGUUUAUGCCGUGGUUACACUGUAUCACUGAUCAAACGCUCUUAUAAAAGGUCAGCGGUAAAGACACGAGAGGAAAUUAGUUUGGUACAGGGAUAGACUGAAUUUUGACAUGCAAAUCUGAUUGGAUACAGUGUUUUGAUUAUAAAAAUAUCAGCCUCAAUUUAACAUGUUGCUUUUUUAUUUUUAAGGGCUAAUCGGGGACAUUUCCGGCAACAGCUGUAGUCAGAGACAGGCCACCAAAAUCUGCCACCUAUUUUAUCCUCCCCUACACAAUAAGCAAGAAAAUAGUUAGUUAGUGCCUUCAGAAAAUAUUCACACCCCUUGACUUUUUCCAAAUGUUGUUGUUACAGCCUGAAUUUUAAAAUGGAUUAAAUUUAAAUGGUAUGUCACUGGCCUACACACAAUACCCCAUAAUAUCAAAGUGGAAUUAUGUUUGUAUAAUUGUAUUGUAAUUAAAAAUGAAAAUAUGAAAUGUCUUGAGUCAGUAAGUAUUCAACCCCAUUGUUAUGGCAAGCCUAAAUACAUUCAGGAGUAAAAAUAUGCUUAACAAGUCACAUAGUAAGUUGCCUGGACUCACUCAGUGUGCGAUAAUGGUGUAGAACAUGUUUUUUGAAUAACUACCUCAUCUCUGUACCCCACACAUACAAUUAUCUGUAUGGUCCCUCAGUCGAGCAGUGAAUUUCAAACACAGAUUCAACCACAUAGACCAGGGAGGUUUUUCAAUGCCUCGCAAAGAAGGGCACCUAUUGGUAGAUGGGUAAAAUAAAACACUCUUUGAAUAUCCCUUUGAGCAUGGUGAAGUUAUUAAUUACACUUUGAAUGGUGUAUCAAUACACCCAGUCACUACAAAGAUACAGGUGUCCUUCCUAACUCACUUGCCGGAGAGGAAGGAAACCGCUAGGGGAUUUCACCAUGAGGGCAAUGGUGACUUUAAAACAGUUACAAAGUUUAAUGUCUGUAAUAGGAGAAUUCAGGAUGGAUCAACAACAUUGUAGUUACUCUACAAAAUUAACCUAAAUGAUAGAAUGAAAAGAAGGAAACCUGUACAGAAUAUAAAUAUUCCAAAACAUGCAUCCUGUUUGUAAUAAGGCACUAAAGAAAAAUUGACUUUAUGUCCUGAAUACAAAGCGUUAUGUUUGGGGCAAAUCCAACACAACACAUCACUGAGUACCACUCUUCAUAUUUUCAAGCAUGGUGGUGGCUGCAUCAUGUUAUGGGUAUGCUUGUCAUCGGCAAGGACUAGGGAGUUUUUGGGGAUAAAAAUAAUUUGAAUAAAGCUAAGCACUGGCAAAAUCCUAGAGGAAAACCUGGUUGUCUGCUAUUCAACAGACACUGGGAGAAAUUUUCACCUCAGCAAGACAAUAAUCUAAAACACAAGCCCAUAUAUACACUGGAAUUGCUUACCUGAGUGGCCUAGUUACAGUUUUGACUUAAAUCGGCUUGAAAAUCUAUGGCAGUCUAGCAAUGAUUAACAACCAACUUGACAAAGCUUGAAGAAUUUUUAAAAGAAUAAUGUGCAAAUAAUGUACAAUCCAGGUGUGCAAAGCUCUUAGAGACUUACCCAGAAAGACUCACAGCUGCCAAAGGGGAUUCUAACAUGUAUUGACUCAGGUGGUGUGAAUAUGUAAAUGAGAUAUUUCUGUAUUACAUUUUCAAUAAAUUAGCAAAGAUUUCUAAACUUGUUUUCACAUUGUCAUUAUGGGGUAUUGUGAGUAGAUGGGUGAAGAAAAAAAAUCCAUUAUCCAUUUUGAAUUCAGGCUGUAACACAACAAAAUGUGGAAUAAGUCAAGGGGUAUGAAUACUUUCUGGAGGCACUGUAUCUUGAAUCUCUAACGUUUCUACAAUAAAGAACAAUGGCAAGGGAUUGACGUGUCUGAAAAGGCACUAUGCCUCGCUCAAAGUUGAAUUGGGAAACCACACUCAUCACUAGUUAACACAGCCGCAAAGUAAUAAACCCCGCCUAUUUCUACAAUUUAUGUUCUUAAAAUCAGAUUUUAAACCAAAACUUAACCCUAGCCACACUGAUAACCUUAUGUCAAACCCUAACCUUAAAUUAUGAUCAUUUUCAUGAAUUUUUACGAUAUAGCCAAUUUGGACUUUGUAGCUGUGUUAUCUAGUAGAAACCGGACACCACUCUGACUCAAUGUGACUCGCAGGAUCGCGCAAAAAAGAAGGGGGAGGGUUAAGGGGGGGGUUUGGUAUUGAGCCAAUGUAAUUGGAGUGCCACAGUGGCUGGGUUUGGCUGAAAGAAGGCCAGUGUGACUCCCUGACCCUGAUGUGCUGUGGGCUGGUCCGGUCGGCUGCUCCCCUGUGUGUCUGUGUUAAUCUGUGUGUACAUGUCUGUGUCUAUGACCUCUAGUGCUGCUCUCACUUCCUCUGUUCUGUCACAUUCCUGUAUAUUGUGACUGUUGCUGCCUCCUGGGUGUACAAGUAGGCUACAAGUCUAACUGAAUGUAUGUGUGUAUGUGUGUGUUCAUCAGGCUGCAGCAGGGAACAUCAUUAACAUGCUGUGGCAGUUGAUGGAGAACGGGCUGGAGGAACUGAAGCUGCUGCAGACUGUGUUAGUUCUGCUCACCACCAACACCGUGGUACAUGACGAAGUCCUGUCCAAGGUACCGUACACUCAGCACACACAUUGCAGACACUUCAUAUAUUCACAGGACAGUACAGUCACACACGUCUCAUAUUUGCCAUGGGAGUCAUGUACUAUUUUCCACAUCAACGUGAAUCCAGAUGUGUGCCUUAGUAAAUCUGGCUACGUUCCAAUGUCCAUACUAGCAUACCACUUAGAAUGUAUUCCCCAGUACAUGGCUUGAUUCUUGGUGGUAGGCUAUGUUAGGCUGGAUAUUGUAACAGAGUCUCCUCGCCGCCUCCCUCCCUCCCAGGCCAUCGUGCUGUGUUUCCGCCUGCACUUCACCAAGGACAACAUCACCAACAACACGGCCGCCGCCACCGUCAGACAGGUCGUCACCGUGGUAUUCGAGAGGAUGGUCGCGGAGGACGAGCGCUUCAAAGGUCAGGGCAGAGCAGAGCACUCAUGGGAAAUGGAGUUCCCGGACCGUUUUCUUUUGUCCAAUGAUUUAGAGUUAAGUCAUUGUUAGAUCCAUGAAGGGAAGACUGCAAGUGUACACUUUGGAUGAAAGGUGGACGAUGCAGCCACAGAACUGUACAUCAGUAUUCUAACAUCCCAUUUCCUCCCUCCUACCAUUCCCCUCUCCUCUAACUUUGACCAUGCCACAGAGGAAGGGAAGGGAGUUCGUUUCUCCUUAGAUUGUCUAAAGCAGCUUAUCCCAUGACUUCAAUGAAUACAUGAUGGUUUUGGUUCGGCCCCUUGAGUUUUCACACUGCUCUCUUUCCACUCUACGUCUUGGUUUAGUAUCACUGGGAUUGGAAAUCACAAUUUAAUUGAUGGACUCUUCCCUCUUGAGGUAGGAGUUGGACUGGUCUUUUCUGAGAGUGUGUGUGUGUGUGUCGUUGUUUGAUGAGCGAUUGAUCCCUCCAGGCUUGUAGCCACAGCUGUUUCUGAUGUUUUCUCUCCCCCUCCCUCUCUCCUCAACCCCCUUUUCACCUCUCUCUUCCCCCUCUCCUCCUUCCCUCUUUCCUCCUCUCUUCCUCCUCUCCUCCCUCCCUCUCUCCUCCUCUCUUCCCCCUCUCCUCCCUCCCUCUCUCCUCCUCUCUUCCCCCUCUCCUCCCUCCCUCUCUCCUCCUCUCUUCCCCCUCUCCUCCCUCCUCCUCUCUUCCUCCUCUCCUCCCUCCCUCCCUCCCUCUCUCCUCCUCUCCUCCUCUCCUCCAGACAUCGUGGAGCAGCCUCCUCCAGUCCAGGGUAACACUAACCGGAGGUCUGUCAGCACCCUGAGGCCCAGUGCGAAAGACGCCUACAUGCUGUUCCAGGUACGCCACCAGGAGGAGACAGUCCUCCAUACCUCUCACAGUACCCAACAUUCACACUCGCUUCCAUCAGAAGAGGCAGUGUAGCUAGGGUAGAGUUAAAGAGGUAUGGAAGACUGAGGUAAGGGAGGGAACGAGGGAAGGGUAAGGGAAGGAGGGCAGGGGGAGGGAACGAGGGAAGGAGGGCAGGGGGAGGGAACGAGGGAAGGGAGGGAAGGGUUUUGUGGAAUGAAACAGCGAUGCUGUCAUUAGAUAUGUACAGCCCAGACUUCCAGACUGUAUCACAGAGGCAAUGCUAGUAGCUGUCUCCAGCUGUCCUAUGUGUAUGUCUACAUCCCCAUUUUCGUGUGUGUGUCCCUCCAGGAUCUAUGUCAGCUAGUGAAUGCUGACGCCCCCUACUGGCUGGUAGGGAUGACAGAGAUGACGCGGACGUUUGGUCUGGAGCUCCUGGAGUCGGUCCUCAAUGACUUCCCUGGGGUCUUCCUGCAGGUGAACACACAGUACAGUAAAAUACAAAACAGUACAGUAUUAUACUUUACAAUGCAAUACAACUUAAUACAAUAUGGUGAAGUAAAGUAUGGUACAAAACAAUGCAAUACAAUACAAUCAAGUAUUAUGUGCAUUGAAAUGGAAUACAAUAUAUAUAUAUAGAAUACAUGUCAUCUCACUGUAGGUAUGUCUUGUAUUUGUACUGUGACCCCCACCUCUGCGGACCCCACCUGUUGCCCUCUAACCUCUGACCUCCGUGUAGCACCAGGAGUUCAGCUUCCUGCUGAAGGAGCGUGUGUGUCCGCUGGUCAUCAAGCUGUUCUCCCCCAACAUCAAGUUCCGUCAGGGCAACAGCAGUGCCGCCUCCCCAGCCCCUGUAGAAAAACCCUACUUCCCCAUCUGCAUGAGGCUGCUCAGAGUGGUGUCUGUGCUCAUCAAACACUUCUACAGCCUACUGGUGAGUCUCUGUGGUUAUCAAACACUUAUACAGCCUACUUGUGUGUCUCUGUGGUUAUAAAAAACACUUCUACAGCCAACUGGUGAGUCCCUGGGGUUAUCAAACACUUCUACAGCCAACUGGUGAGUCCCUGGGGUUAUCAAACACUUCUACAGCCAAUUGGUGAGUCCCUGGGUUAUCAAACACUUCUACAGCCAACUGGUGAGUCCCUGGGGUUAUCAAGCACUUAUACAGCCUACUGGUGAGUCCCUGGGGUUAUCAAGCACUUCUACAGCCAACUGGUGAGUCCCUGGGGUUAUCAAACACUUCUACAGCCAACUGGUGAGUCCCUGGGUUAUCAAACACUUCUACAGCCAACUGGUGAGUCCCUGGGGUUAUCAAGCACUUCUACAGCCAACUGGUGAGUCCCUGGGGUUAUCAAGCACUUCUACAGCCAACUGGUGAGUCCCUGGGGUUAUCAAACACUUCUACAGCCACCUGGUGAGUCCCUGGGGUUAUCAAACACUUCUACAGCCAACUGGUGAGUCCCUAGGGUUAUCAAGCACUUCUACAGCCAACUGGUGAGAGUCAGUUACAGUUAUCUACUACCAAGUACUGUGUUCUCUGUACCUAAAUCAUCAAACACAACUACAGUCUAGUAGUGAGAGCCAAGGCAGGAACUAUAGUUAGGGUCAAGUCCAUUUGAAUUCAGGAAGUAAGCUGAAAUUCCAAUUCCAAUUUUCCACAAAUCCUGUUGUCUUAUUGUAGAGCCAGAAAUGUGUGGAUAGUUAGCUUGGGGAGCUGAGGAUUGAGGUGUGUGUUUGUCUGUGUUGCUGUAGGUGACAGAGUGUGAGAUCUUCCUGUCUCUGCUGGUGAAGUUCUUGGAUGGAGAGAAGCCUCAGUGGCUCAGAGCUGUUGCCGUGGAGUCAGUCCACAGGCUGUGUGUACAGCCACACCUGCUACGGUGAGGAGGAGCGCACACACAUACACCCUCAAUACACACACACACACACACACUCCACUGACCUUACCGUACACCUUUGAUACUAACCUUACCGCACACAUACACACACCCUCAUCACUAAACUUACCACUUAACUUCCAUUUCACACAAGUGUAUAAUAUAUGCUUGUACAUGUGUGAAACAGGACAGAUAUACAGUGAGGGAAAAAAAGUAUUUGAUCCCCUGCUGAUUUUGUACGUUUGCCCACUGACAAAGAAAUGAUCAGUCUAUAAUUUUAAUGGUAGGUUUAUUUGAACAGUGAGAGACAGAAUAACAACAACAAAAAAUCCAGAAAAACGCAUGUCAAAAAUUUUAUAAAUUGAUUUGCAUUUUAAUGAGGGAAAUUAUGUUUUGCAGAGGGGUCAAAUACUGACUUAGUACUUGGUGGCAAAACCCUUGUUGGCACUCACAGAGGUCAGACGUUUCUUGUAGUUGGCCACCAGGUUUGCACACAUCUCAGGAGGGAUUUUGUCCCACUCCUCUUUGCAGAUCUUCUCCAAGUCAUUAAGGUUUCGAGGCUGACGUUUGGCAACUCGAACCUUCAGCUCCCUCCACAGAUUUUCUAUGGGAUUAGGGUCUGGAGACUGGCUAGGCCACUCCAGGACCUUAAUGUGCUUCUUCUUGAGCCACUCCUUUGUUGCCUUGGCCGUGUGUUUUGGGUCAUUGUCAUGCUGGAAUACCCAUCAACGACCCAUUUUCCAUGCCCUGGUUGAAGGAAGGAGGUUCUCACCCAAGAUUUGACGGUACAUGGCCCCCGUCCAUCGUCCCUUUGAUGCGGUGAAGUUGUCCUGUCCCCUUAGCAGAAAAACACCCCCAAAGCAUAAUGUUUCCACCUCCAUGUGGGAUGGUGUUCUUGGGGUCAUAGGCAGCAUUCCUCCUCCUCCAAACACGGCAAGUUGAGUUGAUGCCAAAGAGCUCCGUUUUGGUCUCAUCUGACCACAACACUUUCACCCAGUUCUCCUCUGAAUCAUUCAGAUGUUCAUUGGCAAACUUCAGAUGGGCAUGUAUAUGUGCUUUCUUGAGCAGGGGGACCUUGCGGGCGCUGCAGGAUUUCAGUCCUUCACGGCGUAGUGUGUUACCAAUUGUUUUCUUGGUGACUAUGGUCCCAGCUGCCUUGAGAUUAUUGACAAGAUCCUCCCGUGUAGUUCUGGGCUGAUUCCUUACCGUUCUCAUGAUCAUUGCAACUCCACGAGGUGAGAUCUUGCAUGGAGCCCCAGGCCGAGGGAGAUUGACAGUUAUUUUGUGUUUCUUCCAUUUGCGAAUAAUCGAACCAACUGUUGUCACCUUCUCACCAAGCUACUUGGCGAUGGUCUUGUAGCCCAUUCCAGCCUUGUGUAGGUCUACAAUCUUGUCCCUGACAUCCUUGGAGAGCUCUUUGGUCUUGGCCAUGGUGGAGAGUUUGGAAUCUGAUUGAUUGAUUGCUUCUGUGGACAGGUGUCUUUUAUACAGGUAAUAAGCUGAGAUUAGGAGCACUCCCUUUAAGAGUGUGCUCCUAAUCUCAGCUCGUUACCUGUAUAAAAGACACCUGGGAGCCAGAAAUAUUUCUGAUUGAGAGGGGGUCAAAUACUUAUUUCCCUCAUUAAAAUGCAAAUCAAUUCAUACCAUUUUUGACAUGCGUUUUUGACAAGACCAAAACGGAGCUCUUUGGCAUCAACUCAACUCGCCGUGUUUGGAGGAGGAGGAAUGCUGCCUAUGACCCCAAGAACACCAUCCCACAUGGAGGUGGAAACAUUAUGCUUUGGGGGUGUUUUUCUGCUAAGGGGACAGGACAACUUCACCGCAUUAAAGGGACGAUGGACGGGGCCAUGUACCGUCAAAUCUAGGGUGAGAACCUCCUUCCCUCAGCCAGGGCAUGGAAAAUGGGUCGUGGAUGGGUAUUCCAGCAUGACAAUGACCCAAAACACACGGCCAAGGCAACAAAGGAGUGGCUCAAGAAGAAGCACAUUAAGGUCCUGGAGUGGCCUAGUCAGUCUCCAGACCUUAAUCUCAUAGAAAAUCUGUGGAGGGAGCUGAUGGUUCGAGUUGCCAAACGUCAGCCUCGAAACUUUAAUGACUUGGAGAAGAUCUGCAAAGAGGAGUGGGACAAAAUCCCUCCUGAGAUGUGUGCAAACCUGGUGGCCAACUACAAGAAACGUCUGACCUCUGUGAGUGCCAACAAGGGUUUUGCCACCAAGUACUAAGUCUUAUUUUGCAGAGGGGUCAAAUACUAAUUUCCCUCAUUAAAAUGCAAAUCAAUUCAUAACAUUUAUGACAUGCGUUUUUCUGGAUUUUUUUGUUGUUAUUCUGUCUCUCACUGUUCAAAUAAACCUACCAUUAAAAUUAUAGACUGAUCAUUUCUUUGUCAGUGGGCAAACGUACAAAAUCAGCAGGGGAUCAAAUACUUUUUUCCCUCACUGUAAGCACCCACAUAUUAGAUUCUAUGUUCUGCCAAGCCAUCCACUUUUCUAACUCCCUUCAUCUCCCCCUCUCCUCCUCUCCCCCUGUUCACCCAGGUCUUUCUGCCUGUCGUAUGACAUGAAGCAGCACUCCACCAAGGUGUUCAGGGACAUCGUCAAUGCUCUGGGCUCCUUCAUCCAGUCCCUCUUUAUUGUCCUCAACACAGGAAACCCUGCUGCUACCAACGCUUCCACCGGUCAGGAGUGUUGACCUUUCGUGUUAUAGCUUUUGACAUAUAAUGUAGUGGAAUCUAUGGUGAAGUAAAGGAAAGUCUAGGAUAGGAGUAGGCAACUCAGGAGGGUACAGGAGAGUGUGGUCUGCAGGGUGCAUGCUUUUGUUCCAACCCAUCACUAACAGCACACUCUCUUUUUCUCCUUCCUUCCCUCCAUCUCUCUCUCCCUCGUUUCUCUCUGUCUCCCUCCCUAGGUGGGUCUGGGUCGGGGGCCCAGGGGGCUUCCCAGGUGGGUCUAGGAGCAGGAGGUCAGGGUGGGAGUCUAACCACACAGGCUGCCUUUGAGUACCGCGGUACCUGGAUCCCCCUCAUGACCGUCAGUGUACAGGGCAGCGCCAAGGCUACCUAGUGAGUAGUACUACACACACACACACACACACACACACACACACACACACACAGAGAGACAUACACAGAGAGACAUACACUAGACAUCUAGCUAUUGCUGUCUAGAUAUGAAUCGUCAAUCCAAUUAUUACACACAGGAACCACGUUUCCAUCCACAGUUUUAAUGCGCGUAAAGUCAUACUAUAUAAAAGAAAAUCACGACAGCUGUGAUGGGAACAGGAAGUUUUGGUACAAUUUUACAAAUGCCAACAGAUCAUUUGUUUGUUCGAUAUGGUGGGAUCUUAUUUGUGUUAGUCAAAUUAAUUAUGCGAGAAAUGGUAAUGGUAACGCCUUUAUGCGUAAAUAUUGAUAUAAUAACCAUCAUAUCAAAGUAAACUUGGAGUCACGCGAUGAUAUGGUGUGUGGUCCUCCCACUACGACGAGACUACGACUCGGGAAACCAUGCAUUGUAUUAGGCUAUGAUUAACUUUACAGGGUGGUGAAAGUGCACGGUGAUGAGCUUGAUGCUACUUUCCAAUAAAUAUCAAGGGUCUUAUUCUGGUGACAUGAUGAUCAAUGCUUGACUGCCGUUUGACAACUAAAAAUAUUCUUGCUCUUAUCCAUAAUAAUGUCAUGUAAACUAUCCUACCUGCACUGUAUCUGGGAGCUGUUGGCUAGUGCACAUGUGCCAAGACCAGAGUGGGCACAUUUGCUAUUUAACACGGCAGAGUUGAAAAUGCGAGGGAGGGAGUAGCAUCUGUUCGCUGUAAUUAUGAUGCGAUUGAGCAAUGCUGGUGUUUUGAUAUAAUAGAAGCUGGUUUGUUGAUGCAGGAGAAAGAGUUGUCAAAACAUCUACUUCCACAUUGUGUUUCUGUAAUGAACAAUUGGCCAGGGACAGCUGAUCCUGCAGGUGUUUAAAUAAGCAGCAGUCCAGUGAAAAAUAGUUUGUUAGUAGGAGCUGAACAAUAGUGAUUGCACGCAGCCCCUUGUGAUGUAUUGUUCGCACAUUCAUACAACUCAGCAGGGUAGAGAAGUGGUUCUCAGCAUCUGCACACACGCUAACACACACACACACACACUCAUUCACAUCAUUACUCUCUCUUCCUCCGCCAGUCUGGAGAUGUUGGACAAGGUGGAGCCCCCGUCUAUCCCAGAGGGUUAUGCUAUGUCUGUGGCCUUCAGCGCCCUGCUGGACCUGGUCCGAGGCAUCACCUCCAUGAUAGAGAGAGAAUUGACCAAGGAGGAGGAGGAGGCGGCUGUACGCAGGGAGGCCAACCCAGACCAGAACACCCAGCCUGAGCCUGGUGAAGAGAGGGGAAGAGGGGAGGGGGAUGAGGGUUAGGGGUUAGGACCGGGGGGCUUCUCUGGGCUGACAGAAAGGGCUGAAUCCUAGCUUCACAUACUGUACAUGUGCAAAUCUUGAACUUUGAAGCUCUUUUCUGACCUCUAGUGGUCAAUCCAAUGCAUACAGUUCCUGAGGGAGUUUAUCAAUGUAGACUUACCACAGUGAUGCACUCUGUUGUCAUCCCUAUUCAAAAGCUAACGUAGCAUUUUAAAUAUAGAUAUCUGUACAAAUGUAUAUUGCUUUUCCCCUAUGUUGCUAACUAGUGUGUCUCUGUCAGGAGCCCAUCUGGUCUGGGAGGAGAUGGUCAGUGCGUGUUGGUGUGGUCUACUGGCUGCCCUCUCUCUCCUGCUGGACGCCAGGUAAACAACCCUCCUUAUAUAUCACCUCAAAGUAAAUGUAUUUAGUAUCCCCUCAAAGUAAAUGCAUUUAGUAUCCCCUCAAAGUAAAUGCAUUUAGUAUCCCCUCAAAGUAAAUGCAUUUAGGAUCCCCUCAAAGUAAAUGUAUUUAGUUACCCCUCAAAGUAAAUGUAUUUAGCUACCCCUCAAAGUAAAUGCAUUUAGUAUCCCCUCAAAGUAAAUGUAUUUAGUUACCCCUCAAAGUAAAUGUAUUAAACUACCCCUCAAAGUAAAUGUAUUUAGGAUCCCCUCAAAGUAAAGGUAUUUAGAAUCCUCUCAAAGUAACUUGAUAGUGUGACAGGGGAAACUCAAGGUCAGGAGCAACAAAAGUUAUUGAAACUACUGCGCCCAGCAACUAUGGUCCCUAGACCAUAGGUUGCUGUGUAAGGGGUCUGCAGAUUAAACCGUUUUAUGAAAAUAUUUUUCUCACGGCAAAAAGUGAAGACGUUGCGGCAGUUAGGCCUUCAUCAACAUUUGUUCCAAACCCAUAACCCCCUCUGUGUCUCGUCCCCCUCCAGUACAGAUGAGACGGCGACAGAGAGCAUCCUGAAGGCAGAGCUGACCGUGGCGUCGCUGUGUGGUCGCCUGGGCCUGGUGACGCCCCGCGACGCCUUCAUCACAGCCAUCUGCAAGGCCUCGCUGCCCCCACACUACGCCCUGACCGUCCUCAGCAGUAAUACAGCCAACCUUAACAACAAGGGUCAGUCGUGGCUGCUAAAUCGUGGCCGCUACUGCAAAAACAUUUUUACUAAACAUUUGGGAUCGUAAAACGUUUUCAGUGUAAACUUAAACUACUAAAACCAGAUGUAAAGUAUGUUGAAAAGAUAAUGGAGCAACAUUUUUACAUAAGUUAAUCUUUGAGAACUAAUAAUCACCUAAAUAAAAGCUAGACAGUCAGGGAGAAUCUAAAAUUCCAAAAAUUGUAUGGCAUUGGACCCCCAUUAAUUUUGUUGUAAUGUUUGAGUCAGUCAGAUAGCAUAAGAACAAGGCAUAAGCAAAAUGUGUAUAAGUGAAGGAAAUUUGCUUUAAAACUGAAAAUGUUCUCUCAGCUCCGUGGCAAAAUGUGUAGAAUUGCGAGAAAUUCGCUUUAAAACAGCAACAUUUUUUCUGCAGCUAAGAAGACAGCCUCUAAAACCGCGCCAUUGGCCACUACCACGCACCCUCCAAAAAUGUCUAGGGGAAACACUGGCGCGUGUACGUCAGUACCCUGUGUGCGUGGGUGGGUGCAUGCUUGUGUGACAGCGCAAGCUUGUGUGCGUUCAUAGCGGUCUUCUCUCAUGGCUUUGCUACAUCAGCUCUGUGAUAAUUAUACAGUGGGGGAAAAAAGUAUUUAGUCAGCCACCAAUUGUGCAAGUUCCCCCACUUAAAAAGAUGAGAGAGAGGCCUGUAAUUGUCAUCAUAGGUACACGUCAACUAUGACAGACAAAUUGAGAUUUUUUUUCUCCAGAAAAUCACAUUGUAGGAUUUUUUAUGAAUUUAUUUGCAAAUUAUGGUGGAAAAUAAGUAUUUGGUCACCUACAAACAAGCAAGAUUUCUGGCUCUCACAGACCUGUAACUUCUUCUUUAAGAGGCUCCUCUGUCCUCCACUCGUUACCUGUAUUAAUGGCACCUGUUUGAACUUGUUAUCAGUAUAAAAGACACCUGUCCACAACCUCAAACAGUCACACUCCAAACUCCACUAUGGCCAAGACCAAAGAGCUGUCAAAGGACACCAGAAACAAUUGUAGACCUGCACCAGGCUGGGAAGACUGAAUCUGCAAUAGGUAAGCAGCUUGGUUUGAAGAAAUCAACUGUGGGAGCAAUUAUUAGGAAAUGGAAGACAUACAAGACCACUGAUAAUCUCCCUCGAUCUGGGGCUCCACGCAAGAUCUCACCCCGUGGGGUCAAAAUGAUCACAAGAACGGUGAGCAAAAAUCCCAGAACCACACGGGGGGACCUAGUGAAUGACCUGCAGAGAGCUGGGACCAAAGUAACAAAGCCUACCAUCAGUAAAACACUACGCCGCCAGGGACUCAAAUCUUGCAGUGCCAGACGUGUCCCCCUGCUUAAGCCAGUACAUGUCCAGGCCCGUCUGAAGUUUGCUAGAGUGCAUUUGGAUGAUCCAGAAGAGGAUUGGGAGAAUGUCAUAUGGUCAGAUGAAACCAAAAUAUAACUUUUUGGUAAAAACUCAACUCGUCGUGUUUGGAGGACAAAGAAUGCUGAGUUGCACCCAAAGAACACCAUACCUACUGUGAAGCAUGGGGGUGGAAACAUCAUGCUUUGGGGCUGUUUUUCUGCAAAGGGACCAGGACGACUGAUCCGUGUAAAGGAAAGAAUUAAUGGGGCCAUGUAUCGUGAGAUUUUGAGUGAAAACCUCCUUCCAUCAGCAAGGGCAUUGAAGAUGAAACGUGGAUGGGUCUUUCAGCAUGACAAUGAGCCCAAACACACCGCCCGGGCAACGAAGGAGUGGCUUCGUAAGAAGCAUUUCAAGGUCCUGGAGUGGCCUAGCCAGUCUCCAGAUCUCAACCCCAUAGAAAAUCUUUGGAAGGAGUUGAAAGUCUGUGUUGCCCAGCGACAGCCCCAAAACAUCACUGCUCUAGAGGAGAUCUGCAUGGAGGAAUGGGCCAAAAUACCAGCAACAGUGUGUGAAAACCUUGUGAAGACUUACAGAAAACGUUUGACCUGUGUCAUUGCCAACAAAGGGUAUAUAACAAAGUAUUGAGAAACUUUUGUUAUUGACCAAAUACUUAUUUUCCACCAUAAUUUGCAAAUAAAUUCAUAAAAAAUCCUACAAUGUGAUUUUCUGGAUUUUUUUUCCUCAUUUUGUCUGUCAUAGUUGACGUGUACCUAUGAUGAAAAUUACAGGCCUCUCUCAUCUUUUUAAGUGGGAGAACUUGCACAAUUGGUGGCUGACUAAAUACAUUUUUUUCCCACUGUACAUACAUGCCUCUGAGGAACUUGAUAAGCCGGUAGUUAGUUGUUUAUUUGUACACUUCAUGCGCUUUUCACCCCAAGUCUCUCUGUCUGUAUACGUUUGUGAGAGUGUGAAGCUCUAGAGCCGUUGCUGUGUGUGAUCUCCAUACUAACCACUGUGAUGCCCCACUUAUAUGUCAUUAAUCCUGGCUGUGCCUCAACUGUUUCCCUAUUCCCUCUAAUUAGUAACACCAAGAUGAAUGGGGGGGAUACACACGCUCUCGCUCAAGCACACACACACUAUUUGCAUAUUUGCUGUGAUAGAUCGAGCUUGCAAAUUGGCUUCAGCAGGAUCGAUGUUUGCUUGGGAGUUAAUAAAUCAAGUCUCUGUAGCAUGUAGCUGGUUUGUCACAGUCACUCAGUGAAGUAUAUACAUGGAAAUGACCGACGUUGUGUUAUUAUUAUCAGGGCUGUCUGUCUGUCUGUCUGUGAGGUACAUCAUGAAGAAAAAAGAAGGAACUCAUCGUGUGGACCAAUGAGUCUAAAUAUAUUUUUGGACCUCCAAAAGAUUUGGUCCUUGUGAUUACUUUUGUUGUGGACUCAAAUAAAACAUGUGUGUGUUCUCCUGUCCUCCUCAGCCUACUCCAUCCAGGGCCAGAGUGUUCAGAUCAUCAGUUCCUCCAGUGAGUCUCAUCAGCAGGUGGUGGCUGUGGGACAGCCUCUCUCUCUACAGCCCCAAGGCACCGUGGUGGUAAGAUUACCUCUACACAACAUUACUACAACACCUCAUCUAGAGGCCACCGUGGUGGUAAGAUACACUAUAUAUACAAAAGUAUGUGGACAACCCUUCAAAUUAGUGGAUUCGGCUAUUUCAGCCACACCCGUUGCUGACAGGUGUAUAAAAUUGAGCACACCGCCAUGCAAUCUCCAUAGACAAACACUGUCAGUAGAAUAGCCUUACUGAAGAGCUCAGUGACAUUCAACGUGGCACCAUCAUAGGAUGCUACCUUUCCAACAAGUCAGUUCGUCAAAUUUCUGCCCUGCUAGAGCUGCCCCAGUCAACUGUAAGUGCUGUUAUUGUGAAGUGGAAAUGUCUAGGAGCAACAACGGCUCAGCCAUGAAGUGGUAGGCCACACAAGCUCACAGAAUGGGACCGUCGAGUGCUGAAGCGUGUUCCGCAUAAAAAUCGCAACACUCACUACCGAGUUCCAAACUGCCUCUGGAUGCAACGUCGGCACAAUAACUGUUCGUCGGGAGCUUCAUGAAAUGGGUUUCCAUGCUCACAAGCCUAAGAUCACUGUGCGCAAUGUCAAGCUUUGGCUGGAGUGGUUUAAAGCUCGCCGCCAUUGGACUCUGGACCAGCGGAAAUGCGUUCUCUGGAGUAAUGAAUCAUGCUUCAACAUCUGGCAGUCCGACGGACAAAUCUGGGUUUGAAGGAUGCCAGGAGAACGCUACCUAUCCGACUUCAUAGUGCCAACUGUAAAGUUAGGUGGAGGAGGAAUAAUGGUCUGGGGCUGUUUUUCAUGGUUCGGGCUAGGCCCCUUAAUUCAAGUGAAGGGAAAUCUUAACGCUACAGCAUACAAUUACAUUCUAGACGAUUCUGUGCUUCCAACUUUGUGGCAACAGUUUGGGGAAGACCCUUUCCUGUUUCAGCAUGACAAUGUCCCCAUGCAUAAAGCGAGGUCCAUACAGAAAUGGUUUGUUGAUCGGUGUGGAAGAACUUGACUGACCUGCACAGAGCCCUGACCUCAACCCCAUUGAACACCUUUGGGAUGAAUUGGAAUGCCGACUGCGAGCCAGGCCUAAUCGCCCAACAUCAGAGCCUGACCUCACUAAUGCUCUUGUGCCUUAAUGGAAGCAAGUCCCCGCAGCAAUGUUCCAACAUCUAGUGGAAAGCCUUCCCAGAAGAGUGGAGGCUGUUUAAGCAGCAAACGGGGGACCAACUCCAUAUUAAUGGACAAGCAGGUGUCCACAUACUUUUGGUACCUCUACACAACAUUCCUACAACACCACAACUGGAGAGCACCGUAUGGGCACAUCUUAGAGGUUCACACAUACAAACAGUAGUGUUGCAUAACUCCAUCUCUCCCUCUAUCAGCUGACAGCUAAGAAUAUCCAGUGUAUGCGGGCCCUGUUGAACCUGGCCCACUGCCACGGGGCAGUGCUGGGAACCUCCUGGCAGCUGGUGCUGGCCACGCUGCAGGUACACUACCACCUGUGUCCACCACACACCAGAGGACGCUGGUAGGAGGAACUAUAGGAGGACGGGCUCAUUGUAAUGGCUGGAAUUGAAUAAAUGGAACAGUCAAACGUGGUUUCCCUAUGUUUGAUUUGUUUGAUAUUGUUCCAUUUAUUCCAUUCCAGCCAUUACAAUGAGCCUGUCCUCCUAUAGCUCCUCCCACCAGCCUCCUCUGCCACACACACACACACUGGCACUGUUCUACAGCGUAUUAUAACCAAGCUGGGAUUUCCUUAUUUUUUUUGUUGUUGCUAUUGACAAGCCUAAAUAUUUAAAUGAAUUAAAACAGGUUUUUCUGUUCUGAGUAUAUGGUGGAAGUAGUCUGAGUGAAUCACUCUUUCUUUGACUUUUCUCACCACCCUCUCCACUCUUCCUGUUCUGUCCAUCUUCCACCUUCCCGCUCCUCUCCCAGCACCUGGUGUGGAUCCUAGGCCUGAAGCCUGGGGUUGGAGGUGCUCUGAAGCCUGGUCGUGCAGUAGAGGGGCCAAGCACGGUAAGACACGACCACCAAUCUAUUGCCCUGCCUUACGUAGUCACACUGUACUUAAUUCAAUUCUCUGCAUCAAUUAGCAGUAGAGUUUCAUUGGCCAUUCACUACUGCCCUUCAGCCUUUAAAGCUAGAGACCACACUAAGGUACUUUGCUUUGCUGGAUAUUACAGACGACCCACAGUCCACCUGAACCUGUCAACUCUCUGACUCCUCUAUGAUGUCUGUUGGUUACAGGUGCUGACCACGGCUGUGAUGACGGACCUGCCUGUCAUCUCCAGCAUCCUGUCUAGGCUCUUUGAGAGCUCCCAGUACUUAGACGACGUGUCACUGCAUCACCUGAUCAACGCACUAUGCUCCCUCUCUCUGGAAGCUGUGGAGAUGGCCUAUGGGACUAACAAGGUAACUACUACAUAUGCAUGUAGCCAGAGCAACAAUGUAUGACCUCCCCAUCUUCUGAAUGUGCCGCCUUGUGUUACUAAAUGUGUAAUAAUGCUUAUAUCCACUGAACCAGUCACUCCUAUGUUCUGUUCUCGUCCUGUGUCCAGGAGCCAUCUCUGUUUGCGGUGGCCAAGCUGCUGGAGACCGGCCUGGUUAACAUGGACCGUAUAGAGAUCCUGUGGAGGCCCCUCACUGGACAUCUACUGGAGGUAUGUCUUCCAAUCACUAUUAUAGACCGUUAUAGACCUUUAUAUACCAUCAUAAUGGAAGUAGUGGGUAGUGAAGUCCAGGGUUCAAAUGAUAUUUUGUAAUAAUAUAAAAUCUGUACUUGAUUGAGCUUGCUUGCUUUAAAUGGUCCAAUAAAAUAAUCCCAAUACUUCAAACUGCCCAUCUCACAUUCCGGGCAGGCUCAAGCAAACUUUGAAAGUAUUUGAAAUAUUUCAAAUAGUAUUUGAACCCAGGUCUGGUGAAGUGGUAUUUUGGAAAAGCUUCGAUAGAUACUUCUCAAGCCCUCUCAUAUCAUGGUAAUGGUAGUAGCUCCUCCAUUUCUAAUGCUUUGAGUGGCAUCUACCCUCUAUGUAGUCAAAGUAAUACACAUUUGAUCUGUGGAGGUUCUGUGUGUAUGGUUGUGUGUUUGUCUGAAACGAACGGUUCUCUUCAAGUUGUCUUUUCUCUAUCUCCCUCUCUUUUACAACCCAUGUCUGUUUUGCAGAAGGUAAGCUCCGAAACUUCUCCUCCCAAUCACUUGCUUUCUCUUUCAUUGCCUGGUAUCAAUGUGUUGGAGCUGAGAGUAUGCUAUGGGCAGCUUGCACCAGAUUUAUGUUUUCUUCGCUGUUAUGUUUGAUCUAAAUUUCCUCGCAUGAGUUGCAUUUUUGGAACUCUGUUUUUGUUUGUAUGCAUACUAUACAGCAGAGGUCACCAACCUUUUCUGAGGACAGAUUACUUUCUGAGUCAAAAUGCAAGCUGAGAUCUACCGCUCAGAUUUUCUUUCUAACGUGACUUAGAAAACAUAAGCCUAUGCAACAUUAACCAAUUAAAAACAGUUCUGUAGCAAUGAGGUUUGUGCAGCAGGCUAUAGGCCCAAUACAUUAUCACUACAUAUUGCAAAAUGUAGGUAUAUGAUCACACUGGUAUAGAUCAUUUGAUGUAUUACUUAGGGCGGCAGGUAGCUUAGUGGUUAAGAGCGUUGUGCCAGUAACCGAAAGGUCGCUGGUUCUAAUCCCUGAGCAGACUAGGUGAAAAAUCUGUCGAUGUGCCCUUGAGCAAGGCACUUAACCCUAAUUGCUCCUGUAAGUCGCUCUGGAUAAGAGCGUCUGCUAAAUGACUAAAAUGUAAAUGAUGUAAUGUAAACUUGUGAGGCACAGCUGAGUCUGCAUCUGAUAGUCAGUCUGAGGGGAGGGAGCAGCUGUGAGGAUGCCUCUCACCCGACUCACCGUCCCUCCUCUCUCCUUCCCUUCGCUGAGAAAAGGGGACACAGUCUUCCAGCUGAUGGCGAAACUUAAGUCGCACUGCAUUACUUCUGCCUCAUGCACCGUUGUUACACCUAUGACCAGAGAAAGUGAAAUAUUCCUAGAUAAUAAAAUACACAAGCUGCUAAUAAUUACAACUAAAGAUUAUCGAAACACUCAUUUUAUGGAUAAUAAAAGUGUUGAACAAAGUGUUGACAGUGCUGAAUAACAACUUAAACAUGAACUUACUCAUAAAAACAGCAGCUCUUUGCUGUAUUUGUUGAGUCUCUAGUUAUGGUUUUAAACGUUUUGAAAUCUCACAUCAACUUUGCUGUGCAUUCGAGGCUUCUUUUACAGUCUAUGGCGCGAGGACACUGUGCAGACACGAUGAUCUGAGCUAUUUGAUUGGCCAGCAGCAGGCCUAUAGGUGCACUUGAUUUGCUGUCUGGGCCUGCUGGGUAGAUAGAGUUCUACCUUCAGACACAUGAAAUGGUUCAACAUGGGAACACUUUGCCUUCCCGGCGCCAGAGUUGCUGAAUCAAGUGCAGCUACGGUCAACAGCACAAAUUUUUUUUUUUUUUUAAAUAGGAAUGCAAGGCUUUAUCGUUGGGGUUUUUACAGAAAUGUUUGGUGAUUGAUUAGGAAUGCCUUGGAAAUCGACUAGUCGAGCGCGCAUUGUUAUACAGACACCUGAAUAUCUAAUACAUCUUCACCCAUCAGCUGUAAUGAUAUGCUAGCCUUUCUAGGCAAGUCACAUACUUGUUUCAUGUUGGGCAACGAGUAGACAACACAGACACUUGUGGGGUGUAAAGGAUGGUGCUAAUAUGGUGUCUUAAUCACUGUUGGUGUAGCUGUCCAGGGGAAUAGUGAAAUGAGCAGCAAUGUAACUCGUUGAAAGCCAGCUGAUCUCGCCACAGCUUUCAUAAUUAUGUGUCUGUCAAAUGGGAUUACGUUAUUUUAUUGUUGGGCUAACAGAAAAUCACAGGCAUACAGUCUAUGUUUUAACCACCGGGUGGACAUACACUUUGAACAGCCCCUGACUCAGAUCUCUCUCUCUCUCUCUCUCUCUCUCUCUCUCUCUCUCUCUUCCCCCCCUCUCCCUUUUCUCUCUCUUCCCCCCUUUUUCUCUCUCCAUGCUCGUGUGUGUGUGUACCCUACCCUCUGAUGUUCCCUGCUGCAGGUCUGCCAGCACCCCAAUGCCAGGAUGAGAGAGUGGGGGGCUGAGGCUGUGACCGCCCUCAUCAAAGCUGGCCUGGCCUAUAAGCACAACCCCCCUCUGGCACAGAACCAGGUACUACUACUACCCCAUCUCUCUCAUCUUUACACAGUAACCCAAACACAGGGAAUACUGUAACAUUUCCUGUCUAGAAGUUGGAAGACUGUUACAAUGCAAUGCAAUGGAAGGUGUUAAGAUGAAUAGCUAUUAGUCCGCUUCACCAUGCCAACCCACCCACACAUAGUUGGCAUGUUUAGAUCUCAAGGCCACUCCCUGCCCUCUUUCUUUCACUCUGUCCCUCUCUCUCUCUCUCUCUCUCUCUCUCUCUCUCUCACUCUCUGACUCUCUCACUCUCUCACUCUCUCACUCUGUCAAUUCAAUUUUAAUUCAAAGGCCUUUAUUGGCAUGGGAAACAUAUGUUUAUAUUGCCAAAGCAAGUGAAAUAGAUAAAGAAAUGUGAAAUAAACAGUAAACAUUACACUCACAAAAGUUUCAAAGGAAUAGAGACAUUUAAAUAAACAUAAAUAUGGAUUGUAUUUACAAUGGCGCUUGUUCUUCACUGGUUGCCCUCUGUCCCUCUGUCAGAGGCUGCAGCUCCUGCUGUUGAACCCUCUGAAGGAGCUGUCCAACGUGCUCCAUGCAGACAUCCGUCAGAAACAGCUGGAGAGUGUGCUGCAGAUCCUCCAGAGCCAGGGGGACAGUCUGGGGCCCGGCUGGCCCUUAGUGCUGGGGGUCAUAGGGGCCAUCCGCAACGACCAGGGGUGAGAGAGCGAGGGGGGAUGAAAGGAUAGAUGGAAAGAGGGAUAACGUUGAAGCGGUGCAGAGAUAAUGUGCUUCUUUACUAUUUUAGCAGUAGUAACACUUAAAGCGGCAAUAUGUUGCUUUUUGGGUGACCCGACCAAAUUCACAUAGAAAUGUGAGUUAUAGAUCUGUCAUCCUCAUUGAAAGCAAGUCUAAGAAGCUGUAGAUCUGUUCUAUGUGCGUUAUUUCUAUGCUUCCCGUUCUUAAGUUUCGUUUGUGCGUCUUUUACUUUCGGUUUUGUACACCAGCUGAAAAUAAGAUAUUUUGUGUUAUUAAAAAUAUAUUUCACAGCGGUUUAGAUUGUACAAUGGUUUUCUGCACUAUGCAUUGCUUGUUUUGUCACAUAAACUGAAAUUAGGCAAACUAUUUAAUUUAUUUUAGCAGCCAGGAAAUGGCAGAGGGAAUUCUGCAUAUUGCACCUUUAAUUGAACUCGCAUGCUGUAUUUCCUCCUGUCCCCCAGAGAGUCAUUGAUCCGAACAGCCUUCCAGUGCCUGCAGUUGGUGGUGACUGACUUCCUCCCCACCAUGCCUUGCACGUGCCUGGAGAUCGUACUGGAUGUAGCUGGCAGCUACGGCCUCCAGAACCAGGAGCUCAACAUCAGCCUCACCUCCAUAGGACUCCUGGUGAGACUGAACACAAAAUGACAAAUACUAACCCUAACUCAACAUCUGUCUCCCCUCAAUAGGACUCCUGGUACGACCGCAGUAUGUGGCAUAUAUUGUUUUAUAUCCUAUAUUGUAUUGAGUUUGAACACUGAUUGCUGAUACUGUUAUAAGAAGCUUAUAAUUGCUAUUGCGUCCCCCCAAAGCAUUACUUUUCUAGUAAUUCAACAAUGAUCUUUGAAAAGUGACACUGUCUGUACUAGUGAUUUUAGUCAACCUCUCUCUCCCCCCGUUUUCCCCCACAGUGGAACAUCUCAGACUACUUCUUCCAGAGGGGCGAGGCCAUCACCCAGGAGCUAGAGAGGGAGGAGGCAGCGCUGCAGAAGCAGGCCCAGGAUAAGGGUGAGCCCCUGAACAGGCCCUUCCACCCGGCCCCUCCCUUCGACUGCCUGUGGCUGUGUCUGUACGCCAAGCUGGGCCAGCUGUGUGUGGACCCCCGGCCCGCCGUCAGGAAGAGCGCCGGUCAGACCAUGUUCUCCACCAUCGCUGCCCACGGCACCCUGCUGCAGCAGCCCACCUGGCACAUCGUCGUCUGGAAGGUACCGUCUAGUCACUAACAAUAAUCACAUAGAACGUUAGUCCUGAAUGAUACAUGGCUGUAGACUCCUAUGACAUACUGGAAGGUAUUCAAAUGUUCAGUCACUGGCCCUCGUCUAUUAAGGAAACAUACGCUCAAAUAGGAUUGUACGUUUGGGAUCUGUCAAUUUGAACCUGAUCAUACGUGAUUAAGUGCUGCUACUAAUACUUUAAACCACCCAGUAUGAUUUUAACAACCUUAUUGGUCAUCUGCCCUCUGGUGGUCCAUUAAAACAGGUUCUGUUCCACCUGCUGGACUGUGUGAGGAAGUCUUCCACCACGGCCGAUAAGGAAAAGAUUGAGUCAGGGGGUGGGAACAUCCUCAUCCACCACUCACGGGACACAGCUGAGAAACAGUGGGCGGAGACCUGGGUGCUGACACUGGCAGGGGUGGCUCGUAUCUUCAACACCAGGAGAUACCUGCUGCAGCAACUAGGUGUGUGUCUGUGUGUGGUCGCAUGUUUUUUUUUAAAUGUAAAGCUUUUCUCAUUAAUCUCUUAUGUCUACACUCAAUGACAAGAGGAGGAAGAUGGUUGAUUUAUGGACAGUGCUCCUCCUCCUAUCAUUGCCCUGUCCCCAUGCAUAUGCAAAAUACUGAUUUAAUGAAUAGGCCCCAAUAUUUGCCUCUUCUUACCUGGUUCUGUGUCCACUCCACAGGUGACUUCUUCAAGGCGUGGGAGGUUCUGUUGGACCACAUCCAGUCUGCUGCCCUCAGUAAGAACAGCGAGGUCUCCCUGGCCGCGCUCAAGUCCUUCCAGGAGAUCCUCCAGAUCGCUACACCCGUCAAGGACUCCGCCAUGCCCACCGACGCUCUGGCUGCUAUGGGCGUUCACCCGGUCCUCAUCGACCCCCUCAGCGCCUCAGGCCCCGGCAGACCCCUGCUGCGCUCCAACUCGAUGUUGGAGAGGCUGACGCGCUACAACGAUGCUGAACUCCAGGCCCCUCCCCCAGGGGAGGAGUCAGCACUGGAGGAUGCGGCGCUGUGGUGGUCGGCGUGGAACACCUGGUACCGGACAGGCACGGACAGCACGAGGCCCCCUAGUGGCGGGACGGGGGCAGACAGAUCCUUCUUUAUCCCCAGCCAGCCCUACCUGACAGCGUUAGUCCAGAUCUUCCCUGCCCUCUACCAGCACAUCAAGACUGACUUCAGCAUGGAGGACCUGAGGAAGCUGGGGGUGAUCCUCCACGGGGGCGUGUCCAUACCGAUCAGCAGUGACGCCUCGCCCUUCAUCCUGCCCUCUUACACUGAGGCUGUCCUCACCAGCCUGCAGGAGGCCGUGCUCACCGCACUCGACGUGCUGCAGAAGGUGGGUGGGCCGCAGCACAGAAAUUAUAACAUUUUUAAAGUGUUUCGCAAAAUCAGAUAAAGGCAUUUUUCAACUGCUGAAUUGGGCUAGUAGUCCAAUCCACACACACACACUGUUAAAUGCUCUCAAAGUGCCCUUUUUAUUAGAUGGACAAGGUUUCUAUUCCUUUGUUGUCCUCUGUUAUGGAAACUAGCAGAUUGAUUUCAAGGGCAAUUGUUCCUUUUCUCCUGCACCUACUAAUGGAACAGUAUGUGAUUGUGCAAUAAUAACCAUGUUUAAUAAACUGAUGGGAGUCAGUAGUGAGUAAGGUUCCCUGGUUCUAUUGAGGUCAGUAGUGAGUAAGGUUCCUGUCUCUCCCUCUGCAGGCCAUCUGUGUGGGCCCAGAGAACCUGCAGGUUAUGUACCCAGCUAUCUUUGAACAGCUCCUCCUCUUCGUCGAGUUCUCCUGCAAACCCCCCCAGUACGGCAAGAUGGAAACCAAACAUGUGGCCAACGCUAAAUACAACCAGGUAACGAAUCACAAUCCCUCGCUCUCUCUGCCGUUGUCUUUCUCUGACGCUUUGUCUGCAAGUUUUGUCUUCCUCUCUCUUUCAAGCUUUCUCUCUUUCUCUCUCUCGUUGUCUCGAUACCUCUGAUAUUUUCCAUUGAGGGAAUGUUGUUGAAACAAUUUCUGUCCCAGUCGUCCGUUUGUCUCUAGACUUUCUGAACAUGGUCAUCCCCCCGUCCCCGUCUCGUGACUUUAAUGAAGCGCAUCCCCUUUCCUCCCCCCCGUCUCGUGACUUUAAUGAAGCGCAUCCCCUUUCUUCCCCCCGUCUCGUUAAUGAAGCGCAUCCCCUUUCUUCCCCCCGUCUCGUGACUUUAAUGAAGCGCAUCCCCUUUCUUCCCCCCGUCUCGUGACUUUAAUGAAGCGCAUCCCCUUUCUUCCCCCCGUCUCGUGACUUUAAUGAAGCGCAUCCCCUUUCUUCCCCCCGUCUCGUGACUUUAUUGAAGCGCAUCCCCUUUCUUCCCCCCGUCUUGUGACUUUAAUGAAGCGCAUCCCCUUUCUUCCCCCCGUCUCGUGACUUUAAUGAAGCGCAUCCCCUUUCUUCCCCCCGUCUCGUGACUUUAAUGAAGCGCAUCCCCUUUCUUCCCCCCGUCUCGUGACUUUAAUGAAGCGCAUCCCCUUUCUUCCCCCCGUCUCGUGACUUUAAUGAAGCGCAUCCCCUUUCUUCCCCCCGUCUUGUGACUUUAAUGAAGCGCAUCCCCUUUCUUCCCCCCGUCUCGUGACUUUAAUGAAGCGCAUCCCCUUUCUUCCCCCCGUCUCGUGACUUUAAUGAAGCGCAUCCCCUUUCUUCCCCCCGUCUCGUGACUUUAAUGAAGCGCAUCCCCUUUCUUCCCCCCGUCUCGUGACUUUAAUGAAGCGCAUCCCCUUUCUUCCCCCCGUCUCGUGACUUUAAUGAAGCGCAUCCCCUUUCUCCCCCCCGUCUCGUGACUUUAAUGAAGCGCAUCCCCUUUCUUCCCCCCGUCUCGUUAAUGAAGUGCAUCCCCUUUCUUCCCCCCGUCUCGUGACUUUAAUGAAGCGCAUCCCCUUUCUUCCCCCCGUCUCGUGACUUUAAUGAAGCGCAUCCCCUUUCUUCCCCCCGUCUCGUUAAUGAAGCGCAUCCCCUUUCUUCCCCCCGUCUCGUUAAUGAAGCGCAUCCCCUUUCUUCCCCCCGUCUCGUGACUUUAAUGAAGCACAUCCCCUUUCCUCCCCCCCGUCUCGUUAAUGAAGCGCAUCUCCUUUCUUCCCCCAGUCUCGUUAAUGAAGCGCAUCUCCUUUCUUCCCCCCCCCCGUCUCAUUAAUGAAGCACAUCUCCUUUCUUCCCCCCCGUCUCAUUAAUGAAGCGCAUCCCCUUUCUUCCCCCCCGUCUCAUUAAUGAAGCGCAUCCCCUUUCUUCCCCCCUCGUCUCAUUAAUGAAGCGCAUCUCCUUUCUUCCCCCCCCGUCUCAUUAAUGAAGCACAUCUCCUUUCUUCCCCCCCGUCUCAUUAAUGAAGCACAUCUCCUUUCUUCCCCCCUGUCUCAUUAAUGAAGCGCAUCCCCUUUCUUCCCCCCUCGUCUCAUUAAUGAAGCGCAUCCCCUUUCUUCUCCCCCCCUCGUCUCAUUAAUGAAGCGCAUCCCCUUUCUUCCCCCCCUCGUCUCAUUAAUGAAGCGCAUCCCCUUUCUUCCCCCCCUCGUCUCAUUAAUGAAGCGCAUCCCCUUUCUUCCCCCCCUCGUCUCAUUAAUGAAGCGCAUCCCCUUUCUUCCCCCCCUCGUCUCGUUAAUGAAGCGCAUCCCCUUUCUCCCCCCCGUCUCGUUAAUGAAGCUCAUCCCCCACCCCCCCCCCCCCCCCCCCCCCCCCGUCUCGUUAAUGAAGUGCAUCCCCUUCUUUUGUCUGGUCCUCAUUUGCCACGCCCCUAUUGUUCUAAUCAAUUGACACAUAGCUGGGUCUUUUAAACCACAUCAGCAGCCCUAAACUAUCCCUCUUCUUUCUCUCUCAUUCACACCAGCCCCUCAGGCUGGCAGUUCUCUAGCCCCAGGUGACAUUUUUCCAGCUUUUGGCAGGUCUCAGACCAAGUUCAUGACUCUUCCCUUUUCUCAGAAUGAAGGACAAGUGAGAUUCACUUAACUCGUACAACCCCUUUUUAAAGUAGGCUAGUAGAUGAUACCUUCUUUGUUCAUGCUGAGUUCAGACCAGAAGGGAAUCUUUCAAACAAAGCUAGGAUCUCAUCGGUGUUUUCCUCACUUAUAUGUAUUCUCACACUUACAAAAAAAAGCCUGUCAAACGGUCUGGUCUUUGAUGAAGUCAUCUGGUGUAGCAGCUGCUGUGCCUAUCAGGGGAGAUGCAGUAUGUUGUAUUGAGUGGUUUUGAUUUCAUGGUGGUGGCUGAAUCAGCUAUGCUAAUUAACGCUAUCGCUACACACUCUCACCAGUAAAAGCUCCAAGUCUGUCUGUCACUUGACCUGUCAGUCGUUCAUACUGUCAGUCAGUUUGUUGUUCAAUCAAACCGUUAAAAAACAUGAUUGCCACUGUCAGUCAAUUGGUCAGUGGCGACAAGUUGGUAUAAUAACACCAGGCACCAGCAAACAAGUUAACUCCAACCUUCUCCUUGUUCUGUUUUUGUGUCGUACUAUCCAUCUACUCACUGGAUCAACCUUUAGAUCCAACUGUUUGCACCGGUGAGUUCCACCUCCCCCCUACAGCCCCCUUUAGUACUGUAUUGUACUGUACUCAGCUGUGUACUACUGCUCAAUGGUCCCAUCACUACUACAGUAGAUGAGGCAUUUCACCCACUGCAUGGUAAGACGUUGUCUACAUCAUUUACUCCAUGUUACCUACCUACCCCUCUCUGUUCUGUCCAUCACUAACCAGUCCCUCCAGGAUUUCGCAGGGAUUUUUUGUGAAAUUUGCAGGGCAAAAUUCUUGAUUUUGCUGCGGCAAUUCUGACAUUUUGCAUGGCAAUAUGCAAUGAUUUUGUCAGAUUUGUCGCAAAAAUGCAUUGACGAGUUUGUUGACGUGUGGCUUGAUUGAACCAUAUUAUGCGGUAAAUGUGCGGUGAUUGGUUGUAAUUGCGAGCACUCUUUUUGUUCUGUGUUCAUGGGUCAGUUCUAUGUGAUAAUAUUGCGAUGGUUUGACUGUUUUAUGUGGAAAUAGUGCGACGAUCGGUCAAAUUUUCAAGCCCUCGCAUAAUAUGCUGGGAAUUGUUGAUUUAGCUAAAAUAAUUACGGUCACGGAAUCCUGAAGAGGCUGACUAACCAGUGGGUAUGCCUCUCUCUCUGAAUCUACUACCUACCUGUCAAGUUCCAUCCUCCUAUUACUUAUCUUACUGACUGUUUUAGUGUCGUGCUGUCCAUAUUUGCACAUGUACAGUAUUUCUACUACAAGUUCUAUGGUGCUUUGCUCCUCUUAGUAUUUGAAUGGAGGGAUGUUUUCAGCUUCAGUUAAACCCCCCCCCCCUCUCUCUCUCUCUCUUCUCUUGGGGGGUUUUUUAAAUUUCCCAAAAAAAUUUUUUUUUUUUUAAAAAAAAAUUUUUUUCCCCCUUUUUUUUUUUGGAAAAAGUUUUGGGAAUUUUUUAAAAAAAAAAAAAAAAAACAAGGGGUUUUAAUUUUUUUUUUUUUUGGGUUUAUUAAAAAAAAAGGGUUUUUUUUUUUUUGGGGUUUUUCCAAUCCCCCUUUUUUCCCCCCAAAAAAGGGGUUUUUUAAAAAAAACCCCCCUUAAAUUUUUUAAGGGGGAAAAAAGGGGUACCCUUUAAAUUUAAAAAAAUUUUUUUAAAAAAAAAAAAAGGGAAAGGGGGGGGAAAAAAAAAAAAAAGGGGGGGGGGGGGGGGAAAAAGGGUUUUGGGUUUAAUUUUUUUUAAAAAGGGGGGGAAAAAAAAGGGGGGGGGAAGGGGGGGUUUUUUGGGGGGGGAAUUUUUUAAACUUUUUUUUUUUUGGGGGGGGGUUUUUGGGUGGGGGGGGGGGGAAAAGGGGGGGGUUUUUUUUGGGGGGUUUUUUUAAGGAAAAAUUUUUUGGGGGGGGGGGGGGGGGGGUUUUAAAAAAAAAGGGGGGGGGGGAGGGGAAAAUUGGGGGGGGUUUUGGAAAAUUUGGGGGGUGGGGGGGGGGGGGGGGGGGAAAAAAAUUUGGGGGGGGGGAAAAAAAGGGGUUUUAAAAAAGGGGUGGGGGGUUUUUUUUUUUUUUUUUAAAAAAAUUUUCCUUUAAUUUAAAGGGGGGGGGGGGUUUUUUUGGGGGAAGUUUUAAAAAAUUUUUUUUUGGGGGGGGGAAAAGGGGGGAAAAAAUUUUUUUUUUAAAAAAAAAAAAGGGGCCCGGGGGGUUUUUUUAAAAAAAGGGGGGGGGGAAAAGGGGGGGGGGGGGGGGGAAAAAAAAAACCCCCCCCCCCCGGGGGGGCCCCCCUUUUUUCCCCCCCCUUUUUUUUUUUCCCCCCCGGGGGGGGGGGGGGGAAAAAAAGGGGGGGGUUUUCUUUUUUUUUUUGGGGGAAAAAUUUUUGAUUUUCUUUUUUUUUUAACUUUUUUUUUGGGGGGUUUUUUUUUUUUUUUUUUUUAAAAUUGGGGGGGGGGUUUUUUUGGGGUUGGCCCCGGGGGGCCCGGGGGGGGAAAAAAAAAGGGGGGGGGGGGGGGGGCGGCGGGGGGCCCCCCCUUUUUUUCCCCUUUUUUUUUUCCCCCGGGCCGGGGGGGGGUUUUUCCCCUGGGGGGGGAAAAAAAAAAAAAAAUUUUUUUUUUUUUCCCCCUUUUUUUUUGGGGGUUUCUUCUCUCCCCUUCUUUUUUUUCUCUUUUCCCUUUUUCUUUUCUCUUUUUUUUUUGGGGGGGCCCCCCCUUCCCUUUUUUUUCCCCCCCCUUUUUUUGGGCCCAAAAAAAAACCCUUAAAAUGUUUUUAAAAAAAUUUUUUUUUUUCCCCCCCCCAAAAAAGGCUUUUUUUUUUUUUUUCCCAUUGGGGGUUUCUAAAAAAAAAUUUUUUUUUUUUUUUUAAAAAAUUUUCCCCAAAUUUAAACCCAAUUUUUUUUUAAAAAACCCCCCUUUUUUAAAAAAAAAAAUUUUUUUUUAAAAAAAAAUUUUUUCUUGGGGGGAAAAAAAAACCCCUUUUUAAACAACCCGGGGUUUUUGCCCAAAAAUUUUUUUUUAAAAAAAUUUUUUUUUUUUUUUUGGGGGGGGGUUUUUUUUUCCCCCAACCCUUUUUUGGGGUUUAAAACCCCCAAACCCCUUUUUUAAAAAAAUUAAGCCCCAAAACCCAAAAAAAAUUUUUUUUCCCCCCCCGGGGGUUUAAACCAAAAACCCCCCCUUGGGGGGGGUUUUGGGAAAAAAAAUUUUUUUUGGGGGUUGGGGGGAAAAAAGGGGGUUUUGGCCCCUUUUUUUUUUUUUUAAUUUUUUGGUUUAAAAAAACCGGAAAACCGGGGUUUUUUUUUUUUAAUUUUGGGUUUCCCUUUUUUUCCCCCAAAAAAAAAAAAAACCCCCCCCCCCCCCCCAAAAAAAAAAAAAACCCCUUUUUUUCCCCCCUUUUUCCCCCCCCCCCCUUUUUCCCCCAAAAAACAAAAUUUAAAAAAAAAAAAUUUAACCAUUUUUUUCCCCCCCCCCUUUUCCUUUUCCCCGGGAAAAGGUUGGGGGAAGAACCAAAAGUUCCCAGGGGGCCCCCCCCCUUUAAAAAUUUUUUUUUAACCCCCCCUUUCUCUCCUUCCUCCAUAGACCCUGAGGAUGCCCCUGGGCCUGAGGUAUGCGUGUCCGUCAGAGAGCACGUGGAAGCUAGCUGUGUCGUCCCUGCUCAAGGUGCUGUCCACCGGGCUACCCGUGGCCCGUCAGCAUGCCUCCUCUGGGAGGUUUGACACUAUGUGGCCAGAGCUGGCCAACGCCUUCGAAGACUUCCUUUUCACCAAAAGGUAGGUACACCUUUUCUCAGAGAGUUCAUAAAAAAUAGGCGGAGUGAUUUCUACAUAUUGCGCCUUAAAAUAAAAACAUACCCAUGAGAUUUGACGCACCUGAAUGUUCCUCAGUCUGGGAAACGGGCAUUGAUUCAGUGUUGACAAUGGAUGGAGGAAUGGGGCUUGAUUAGCUGUAAAUCAAUAGCUCAUCAAUUGCAUUUCUGUUUCUGUUUUACAGCACACCUCCAGACAAUGUGUCCAUCCAGGAGUUCCAGAAGAAUGAAGCCAUUGACGUUGAGGUAAAACAUGACUGACUGAACACACUUAAACCAAUCUUUGAAUUGUAUUACUGCCUUUAUACCUGCCAAUCCCUGAGGUCUGUGUGUGGCCUCUCUCUGUAGGUGGUGCAGCUGAUCAGCACAGAGAUCUUGCCGUUUGCCAUCUUCAUACCCAAAGACUUUGUUGGCCAGAUGAUGGCCAUGCUCAAUAAAGGAUCCAUUCACUCACAGUCCUCCUCAUUUACAGGUAAGGAAAGAACACCAACUCCUAUUCCAGUACCUUUUGCUUUUCCACUAACGACAUGUUAACACAUGCCAUACACUUCUGUUGGUCACAAUGUAUCAUUUCAACAGCCUGGAUUUUCCUUUUAAAAAUGAAUCUAUAAUCAACUAUGUAUUUUCUAGCAUCACCUCUGAAACCAAAUGUUUCUCAUUCUAGUUAUUUAGCAGAUGCUCUUAUAUCACAGUGACUUACAAUAAAGGCAUUCAAAUAGGUAUGACAACCACAUCACAAUCUUUGCAAAUACAACCAUAUUUCCCUUCACAGAGGCAGAGAUAGACGUGCGGAUGCGGGAGGAGUUCUCCAAAGUGUGUUUUGAGACGCUGCUCCAGUUCUCCUUCAGUAACAAGGUGUCCACACCCCAGGAAGGCUACAUCUCCCGCAUGGCCCUCUCUGUGCUCCUCAAGAGGUCCCAAGACGUGUUGAGGCGCUACGUGGACGAUGAGAGGCUGAGUGGACGCUGCCCGCUGCCCAGGUGA